AUGUAUCAACUCCCUACACCCUACCAGUCGGUACAUACGGCUGUCAAAAGGCUGGCACAGCCCGUUGGAAUUCGACAAGAACAUAUCGCCAGCGAAGAAUCUCUCCUCUACUUGAAACCCAAAUAUGACCACCGGUCGCCCGAUGAAUACACCAUCAAGAGAUAUUGGGAUGACUCGACCGUGUUCACAGUCACUGGCCACAAAUACGGGGAUACUCCAGCCCGUGAAUUCCGCGAUGAAUCGGGACUGCCGAUGUUCCAGUCUCGUGCGACAGCUCUAGCCUGGAAAAGACCAUUGCGGGUGCGUUUACCCGGCAAGGAAGACGAGGAGCUUGUCGAUUUCAGAGUUGAUAUGAAGAAUGUCUAUAAGCUCUCUUUUCGCAACACCAUGGCGUCAGAUUCCAAAAGUGAAAGCGACAAAAUUGUGACAGUCGAAGUGAAAGACACAAGUUCUCCUACGAGACAGGGAUUCUCUGCGACUGUUGGGGGCCAGAGAGUGGUCGAUGUGCGUGAAAGCAUAACGAUGAACAAGACUCUGCCCACAGCUACAGCUGCUUUUAAAUACGAUGUCUCUCUAAUACCCCGACAAGUGCUGGAAAUCCUUGUGGGGGAAGGGUUUGACCUGUCUCUGGCUGCCCUUAUUGCUGUAUUUAUGGCAGAUACAAAGUUUAGUACUGCACCUCCUCCCCGGCGUUAA